GUAGGUGUAAAAUUACCCAACUCUCAUUUUCAACUAUAAGGUCAGAUUAAUUACAUUUCACAAAUUUGAUUAUUUGAUCAUCAUCAUAUUCUUGUUAAUUUUCCAGAUAUAAUAACAUCUUGCUAGUUCAAUGGCCUCCACAUAAGCGGCAUUCACUCGACAAGGAUAGACCGCCACCCGUUGCAGAGUCGAGAAACAAGAAACAAGAGUGGCAAAAUAGUUAAUGCCAAUAGUUUUAUAUUUAGAUGGUUUUCUAUUGGUUUGAGUGAUAAUGACAGGUUUGCUAUUGAGAAUAAUGAGCUGAGCAAGAAUUAUAUGAGAAGUGCAUGGAAAAUAAUGCUAGAACAGGACCUAUUUUCUUCUCUUGAAAUUUUGAGGAAGGAAAUGAGGUAUCAUGGAUUAGAAAAAGUAAAGCCGACAUUGGUUGCUAGAUUUGGUAAAAUUCGUUCUCCUGGUAGCCCAUCAGUAAGCCUGGAGAACUUGCAGAAAAAUCAUGUCAAUGAAACUUGUUUGAGACAUUCGAAAAGAUCAUUUUACUCAAAAGUUCCUUCUUCAUACAUGAAAAAUAUCGUAGAUGAAGUCGUCCAGAAAAUUGGAAUUGAUUUUGAAGGGGAAAAAGACAUCUACCAUGUCAAGGUGGAACUGAAUCAAGUAUGCCAGAUGAUUGCUGAUAUAUCAUACCCUGAUAAGAAUCUUGAUCUGAGGCUAAUGUUGUGCUCCAAGAGGAUCUUAACAGCUGAUCUUACUGAUGCCGAGAUAAUUAGCAUAAAAGAACUGGUUAGUUCUGCGGUUUUGGAUUCAGAUGUGAAGGGUGGGUUGAGAUGGCCUGUGGGGAAGACAUCUUCCAGAGACAGAUUUAGUGUGGUUGGAGUUUGGCACACUGUAACUAGAGCCUAUAGUAGUCCAUCACUCAGGCUCAUAGUAAGACAUGCUGACCGAUAUGAUUUUAGGACGGGAUUCGGAGAAGCUGGAAAGGAAGUUCAUAUGAAGUUGAAAGGAAUAGUUUCAGAAUUUAUGGAACAAGGAGCACAAAAUGAUUCUGUCUCGGAUAUGCUCAAAGACAGCUUGAAGUUGAUAUGGGACAACUUCUUAUGCUGCGAACCCUUUUUAACAUGAGCCGAAUUCAGUUAAUUCUACACCACUUCCCUCCCUCUCUUUUGUUGUAAGUAGCUUAAGAAUGAAACUAGUGUGUGCAUGGAAUGAGAAGGAAUUUUGAAGAAAAUGUUGUAAGAAUUUGAUUUCAACUAUUCUAUGGCUGAAGUGUACUUAUUUUGUCCUUCAUUUCUAUAAAAUUUCCGUACCUGUUUUUAAGAAAA